AUGUCAUCUUCUUCUCCAUCCCCAAUAUCUGCCACAUUCUUCUUUUCUAAUCCAUCGCCAAUCCAUAAACCCCGAACUCCACCUUUUUCUGUACUAAACACAAGGGCUAUGUCUAAAGACCUUUAUUUAAACCAUGAUGGUUCAACCACAAAGAAGCUUCUUGCAGGGGUGGAGUUAGUGGCAGAGCUCCUUGGUGUUACAUUGGGACCUAAAGGAAGAAAUGUUGUAUUGCAUAACAAGUAUGGCCCUCCCAAGAUAGUCAAUGAUGGAGAAACUGUUCUCAAAGAGAUUGAAUUGGAAGAUCCAUUGGAAAAUGUUGGAGUGAAAUUGGUGAGACAAGCUGGGGCGAAAACCAAUGAUUUAGCUGGUGAUGGUUCAACUACAUCUGUUGUUCUUGCUCAUGGCUUAAUCAAAGAAGGGGCAAAAGUUAUUGCAGCUGGAAUGAAUCCUGUCCAAAUUGCCCGUGGGAUUGAGAAGACAGCGAUAGCGCUUGUUUCUGAACUUAGUUUGAUGUCUAGAGAAGUUAAAGAUCAUGAACUUAAAGAUGUUGCAGCAGUCAGCGCAGGGAACGAUUAUGUAGUCGGAAACAUGAUUUCUGAGGCUUUGCAACAAGUAGGAAGAAGAGGAGUAGUAACAAUUGAAAAAGGAAAGAGCAUUGGCAAUAGUCUAGAGAUUGUAGAAGGAAUGCAAUUUGAUCGCGGAUAUCUUUCUCCAUACUUCGUGACAGAUAGAAGAAAGAUGACCAUUGAACUUCGCAACUGCAAGUUGUUAUUAGUUGACAAAAAGAUCAAAAAUCCAAAGGAGCUGCUUAACAUAUUGAAUAGUGCGGUAAAAGAGAAGUAUCCAAUUUUGAUAGUUGCAGAGGGAAUUGAGCAGGAUGCUCUUGCUCCAGUUAUUAAAAAUAAACUCAGAGGUGUGCUUAAGGUUGCUGCUAUUAAGGCCCCUGCAUUCGGUGAGCGCAAGAGUCACUAUUUAGAGGACAUUGCCAUCUUGACAGGAGGUACUGUAAUAAGAGAAGAUAUGGGAUUCACUUUAGAAAAGGCUAGCAAGGAUAUGCUCGGUUCUGCUACCAAGGUUGUCAUAACAAAAGAUUCUACCUUAGUAGUUACUGAUGGGAGUACUAGAACAGUAGUUGAGAAUAGGGUUUCUCAACUUAGGAGCCUUGUUGAGAAUACUAAAGAAAAUUUUCAAAAGAAGAUAUUGAACGAAAGGAUAGCAAGAUUAUCAGGGAGCAUCGCCAUUCUUCAGGUAGGUGCACAAACACAAGUUGAGUUGAAAGAUAAACAAUUAAGAAUAGAAGAUGCCUUAAAUGCAACCAAGGCAGCAAUUGAAGAAGGUGUGGUAGUUGGUGGUGGCUGUAGCCUUUUAAGGCUGUCCAAGAAGGUAGAUGGCAUAAAAAAUCUCUUGGACAAUGAAGAGCAAAAGAUUGGAGCUGAAAUCUUCAAAAGAGCUUUGAGCUACCCUACAAGAAUGAUAGCUAAAAAUGCUGGCGUAAAUGGCAAUGUUGUCAUAGAUAAGGUUUUAUCAAAUGAUAACAUGAAUUUUGGUUACAACGCUGCUAGAGACUGUUAUGAGGAUCUCAUGAAGGCUAGAAUCAUGGAUCCAACAAAGGUAGUUAGAUGCUGUAUAGAGAAUGCGGCUUCUGUGGCCAAGACAUUUCUAACAUCCAAUGCUGUUGUGGUUGACCGUAUGGAAUUACAACAACCAUUACGAAGGCCCAUGCCCAUGCCUAGAAAUCAUAUGCCCAUCAUGCCUAAAAAGCCCAUGCCCAUCAUGCCUAGAAAGCCCAUGCCCAUCAUGCCUAGAAAGCCCAUGCCUAGCUCAGGUUUAGGACCAAUAGGCUUUUAA